AGUCCAAAUCAGGUCGCUCGCGGCCACACGAAACGGACCCGCAGUAAAGCGCUGCCGAAUCCAAUCAGUCGCCCCGCUACGCUAGCCUGAAACGCCACCUCCGUUCAUCAGGCGGUUUGGCAGCAGCCGUACCCGUCAUGAAGAACCAGUCGGCGCCACCGCCGCCGCCAGAUGCUCCGAUGAUGACGACGACGACUCCCAGAGACGACGCCGCCGCCGCCGGAGGGACAGGAGGAGUGCAUGAUGGGCAGCCCACCGCGCUUCUGCCAAGGAACAGCAGGCCGGCGGGGACGACGAUGAGGCGGCGGCCGGGCGCGCUGUGGGCGGGCGCCCUGGUGGUGGUGCUGGUGCUGGCGGCGUGCACGGCGGCGGCGGCGGUGACCAUCACGCGGCGGCAGCACCGGCACGGGGCGCCGGCAGCGUCGUCGGCGGCGCGGAGCUGCGACGCGUUCGCGGCGGGGAGGUGGGUGGUGGACGAGUCGUACCCGCUCUACGACUCGGCGUCGUGCCCCUUCAUCCGCGACGAGUUCGCGUGCGCCCGCUUCGGCCGCCCCGACAAGAUGUACCUCAAGUACCGGUGGCAGCUCGACCCGCCGUGCGCGCAGCCGAGGUUCGACGGGUUGGCGCUGCUUGGGAUGUGGCGCGGCAAGACGGUGAUGUUCGUGGGCGACUCGCUGGCGCUGAACCAGUACGAGUCGCUGCUGUGCAUGCUCCACGCCGCCGCGCCGGGAGCCCGGACCACCGUGUCGCCGGCGUCGGGGAAGAUCGACCCCUCCUACACCGUCCGCUUCGAGGACUACAACGUGACGGUGGUGUACUACCUGACGCACUACCUGGUGGACCUGGUGGCGGAGAAGUCCGGGCGCGUCCUCAAACUGGACGCCAUCGACCAGGCCACCAACUGGCUCGGCGCCGACGUGCUCGUCUUCGACUCGUGGCACUGGUGGCCGCGCUCCGGCCCCACGCAGCCCUGGGACUACAUCCAGGAGGGCAACACGGUGGUGAAAGACAUGGACCGCACCAGGGCCUUCACCAAGGCCCUCCACACCUGGGCCACCUGGGUCGACGCCAACCUCCUCCACACCGACACCAAGGUCUUCUUCCAGGGGAUCUCGCCCUCACACUACAGGGGCCAGGACUGGGGCGCGCCGGCGAAGAAGACGUGCAUGGGGGAGACGCGGCCGCUCAACGGCACGGCGCCGUACCCCGGCGGGCCGAUCCCUCAGCAGGCAAUCCUGCGGAGCGUGCUGGCCGGGAUGGCCAAGCCGGUGUACCUCCUCGACUUCACCUACCUCUCGCAGCUCAGGAAGGACGCGCACCCCACCAAGUACGACGGCGGCGUCUUCGCCGGGGACUGCACGCACUGGUGCGUCGCCGGGCUCCCCGACACCUGGAACGUCCUCUUCUACGCCGCGCUCACCGGGCAGUUCUGAUCACGUAACAUUUUUACUGGCAUGGUAUUGUAUUGUUGUUGGGUAUAAGCUAAGAUAGAUAAUAAGUAAAGGAAAAAAAGAUAGCAGAUUAUUGCUUGAUUUAUUAUUAUAGGAUCGGAGGUAAAAGAUUUUCAAACAAAAGGAAUAGAAAAGAGUAUCAGUCAAAGGAAAAGUUAGUGAUUCUUUCUCUCA